AUGGGCAUGUUUCUAGACAUUGAAGGGGCAUUUGAUAAUACACCCUUCGAUGCAAUGUGUAGAUCGGCACUAGACCAUGGGGUUGAACCACUCAUUAACAAAUGGAUGAAGACCAUUCUAACAGACCGAUUAAUUAAAGGACAACUGAACAGCUCAAAAGCAGUGAGGAGAGUGAGACGUGGGUGUCCACAGGGGGGAGUUCUUUCUCCUUUGCUAUGGUGCCUAGUCUUGGAUUCCCUCAUAAGUGAGCUGAACGGGAAAUGGUAUGCUCAAGCUUAUGCGGAUGACUUGGCUAUAGUGGUGGCGGGCAAAUUUCCAGACACCAUUAUGGACCUGUCUCAACAAGCUUUAAACACGGUGCACAAGUGGUGCAGCAAAUAUGGCUUAGCUAUAAAUCCAAGUAAAGCUGAAAUAGUCAUGUUCACAAGAAAAAGAUUGGGAGUUGAUAAUACCAAAACUCUUUUACUUAGUGGACAAGAAAUAAGUUUCAAACCAGAAGUUAAAUACCUAGGUGUAAUCUUGGACAAAAAACUAAGCUGGCGAGCUCAAGUUCAAGAUAGGGUCAAAAGAGCAAUGGUCACAUUGUGGACAUGCAGUAGGGCCCUUGGAAGAACUUGGGGGUUAAAACCAAUAGUAAUGUAUUGGCUAUACACGUCAGUAAUAAAACCUAUGGUGAUGUAUGGAGCCUUGGUCUGGUGGCCUAGAACAAAAUUAGUAACAGCCAGGAAGGAACUCAGUAGCAUACAGAGGAUGGCCUGCUUAGCUAUCACUGGAGCGAUGAGAACAGCACCAACAGUUGCGCUAGAGGCGUUACUGGGCCUACCUCCACUUCACUUGGAGAUCAAGGCUCACGCCAAAGGCACUGCAUUGAGACUACAUAAUUCAGGAGACUGGACGAAAAGUAGUGAACUAAUUGAGCAUGGGAAAAUACUAGAAGGUAAAAGUCGAGAAUUAAUGGCCUACCCUUCGGACCGUAUCAAACCAAUCACAUUUGACAGCAGUCUAUAUAAGGUUGAAAUAUCCCUGAGGAAAGACUGGGACAUAAACCACCUGACACAGAGUGGAGGGUUUGUAGUGUAUACAGACGGAUCCAAAAUGUCGGGUAAAGUAGGUGCUGGUGUAUGGGGCAAGAAACCACACAUUAGUAUCAGCAUACUACUAGGUACAACACCUACUGUCUUCCAGGCAGAAGUGAUGGCGAUCCUAAUAUGUACUCAAAACCUGGCAGUAUAUAAGAGGAGAAACAUUACUAUUCUUAGUGAUAGUCAAGUAGCUCUUAAUGCACUGAUCAAAACUCAAGUAACUUCAAAAUUGGUCCUAGAAUGCCGUACAGCUCUGGAAUCAUUGGCUAGGAACAACGGGAUUAAAUUAGCUUGGGUACCAGGAUACUAUGGUGUACUGGGGAAUGAACAAGCUGACUUCCUAGCUAGGAAAGGAGCCAAAACACCCUACAUUGGUUCCGAACCAGCGGUAGGAUUAUCAGAGCAAACACUGAGAGCAAUACCGAAAAACUGGAGUAGGGAAGAACAUAGGAUAAUAUGGAGAUACCUAGUAGUACCUAGGCAAUCAAAGAUGUUCAUCAAGCUUCCUGGUACGUUACUAAAGGAUCUUAAACAUAUCAACAGGAACCAAAUGAGUAUGCUAGUUGGACUAUUAACAGGCCACGGGCAUCUACUCAAACAUCUACACACCAUGGGGAUCACAGAAUCACCAGUGUGUAGGAAAUGUGGAGAAGAGGAGGAGACGUCAUACCACAUCAUGUGUGAAUGUAACUCCCUUGCUACCCUAAGGCAAAGUAUCUUUGGUAGACCUUUUCCUGGACAAGAUGAAAUCAAAAAUACUGGGAUUAAAGAGUUACUGAGAUUUAUAAAGGAAUCAGGACUAUUCAACUUAGAAGGUUAUUAA